CUUCCAAUCCCGAAGCAGACACUUUCAAAGUCCAAACCCACAGAAAAUAUCUCGUCAACAUGAAGCUCAACUUCUUCCUCAUCAUUCCCUUCACUGCGGUUCUGGGUGGUGUCUUUGAGCGCAGCGGCAAACCUGGCUGUGACUCUGACAACUGCGCAAGAGCAGUCACUGGUACCCGCCUGGGCCCCGUAACAGCCGCCAGCCAUGUCGCCGACUGUGUGAGUUUCCAGCAAGUGACGACUUACUACGGCCUGGGAUCCGUUGCUAGCCCAACUGCCACUCCGACAUACGCUACCGCUUGUACCGGCGCAGGAGACAGCUAUGGCAGUGCUUGCUCCUGCUGGGGAUACCCAGUCCAGACAUACACUGUCUAUCCUUACUCUGAUGAUGGUGGAUUGGAUGAUGCCGUUAUCAUCUAAAGUACAUGGAGGGCUGAAAGACUUCUUGUGUUGGGACUUUUGGGGGUUUGGGGACUUGGGGGCAUCAGAGGCAUCGGACUAGGACAUGGGGUUUUGGAAAGCCUUCUACAGGCAUGAGUGCUCAUGAAUAAAUACCAGC